GGUGGGGGUGGGGGGGCGCUGCUUUGCUGCUGCCACAUCUCUAGCUCCGGGGACAGUGAGGGGCGGUGGUCCGGGCUCAGGAAGUGGUUUUUGAAUUGCUGAGUCUCUGCCUCGAGGGAUCGUCUCAUUCGGUCUGAUUUUUCACGCAGCGUUUCCAACGUCACUUCACUCUGGGUAGAAACGCUGACAAACUGGCAACAACAGAUGAGGUUGAACUCGCGUGAAGGCAGGUGUCCUGGUCCCGGGCGAGGCUGAGCAAGCCCAGCUGGGGGGACGCGUGCACACUGCCCGGGGGGGGGGCACACCUGCACCUGCUGUGGGCCUCGGACUCUGGGAUCCGCCUUUGCAAAGUGUGCUCCUUGUACCUAGGAGGUCACAGGCCAGAUGAAACGUCGGAGUCUGCCGGGCCGAGCCUUGGCAAGCCAAGAGCCAGGCCUAAGGCUCCUUUACGACACGUGGUCUCAGCCUCUUGGUCUCAGCCUGGGUCGGUGUCCCUUAGGACAAGGGACCAGCUGAGUCUGAGAACAAAUGCACAGUAUGCCACAUGAAAGGUAUCUGCAGGACCACUGCAAGUCCUUGGGUGACACUCGGGGACAGCAGACACAGAGCCGCUACUGUUGGGAGACAAACAUGCAGACUGAAGACGGCAACACGGACUCUCGGUCUGUGUGAUGUGGUGGACAGGAUAAUGGGCCCUCAGAAGAUGUCGUGUCCUGGUCCCCAGGACCUGACCCACCCGGGACUUCUCACCUCUGGAGCAGCUGGGAAGGAAGGCUAUUUGACGCCACCAGAGAGCCUGAGGGUUCCGGGAAGAGUUCCUGGUGCUGCUGGGGAGGCACCUCGGAAGUGGCGGCAGAAAGCUGUGGACGUCCGCGUGUGUGCGCGCCUCGCUUGCGGACACGGGCCGCUCAGCAAUGGACCAAACGGGAAGAAGAAAUUAGGUCGGAGAGCGGCGGACAAGAGCCUAGCUUCUUGUUUUGCUUGUGUGUCAAGGACAGGCGGGAGGAGGCCGGGUGGCUGUGCAGAGAACGGGGACAGCGGGGACACCCCCGGCACCCCCACCCCGGGGCCACCUGCCUCGCCGGCCACACAGCCGUCCACGUGUCCGGCCGGCACCCACCCCAUCACUAGGCCAGGUUCCGUGUGGAGUGCACGCACACACACAUGCACGCAUACACUUGUACAAGGCACACGUAAGCACACAAUCUGCUCGGGCGCACGUGCUCACACACAAGCCGCACGCGCACGCAGAGGCACCUGCGUGCCCCCCACCAGCUCUCGACGCGGCCCGGACGGCCAUCCCGUCCCGCCCCCCCAAGGGGAAGCCACCUUCCAGCCGCAGGGGCCACAGCCGGGACGGAGCGAGGGGGCAGCAGGGGUGAGAAGCGUACCCGCCGACGAUAAUUGGCAACGACACGGACAGUCCCCAAAUUACCGCUCUGCUAGAAAAAUAUUACACUUCAUAAAACUCAUGUUUAUUCAAAAAAAUCUAUUCAGAAAGUCUGGAAAGCGUAAUAAAUAUCUGUAUAGUGGCCGCCCAUCUCCAACAUAAAAUACAAAGCGUGAA